ACCUAAUUCCAGUCACUCAAAGCAUAUCGUUAGAUGAUCAUAUGCGUGAAUUAGUACCAGAACUACUUUCAAAUCUCAGCCAUUCAGCCCCUUCUUUGAGAAAAAGUGCACUAGAUUCACUUCGGAAGUAUCUGCAACACAGUAGGAACUAUGAUGAAUUGUUGAUGAAGCUCAUGUCUACAACUGAAAACAAUAUUAUUGCAGCAGCGCCAUUCUUGAUAAGCACCGAAACUGGGGAUGAAACAUUGAGACAUAUCAUAAAUCUGUUAUGGAAAGAUUGGAGAAAUCCACGGUUGAACCAAGAAGUUACUGCGAAAUCUCUUAGUAGAAUACGGUAUACUUUGGGUGAUGAUAAAUUCAAAAUACUUGUUGGAACUGAAAGGUUCAAUGAGAUUCGGGAAAUAUGUGAGAACUUCGGGCUACCAGUUACUUAUGGUGAUAAUGGUAUUGAAAUAAUGUCAUUCAAUGGCGAUGAUGAAAUAGAAGAUAAAGUUAUUUUAGAAACAGAAAUAACAUUGAAAACUGGACCCGCAAUUACGAUGAAAAUACAUGAAGAGAGUAGAUAUAAUAAUGAAGAAAUCGCCGCCCAAAACAUGGGAGUUCUUGAGAUUUUAGAGGAUGACAGCAUGAAUGAUUUUUAUGAAAACGUAAGGAAGACUCCCAGAAAAGUACGUUUCGGGGGGGAAUCGGUGAAAUUACGUACUCCAGAAAGUGACAGCAGUCAUCAUGAGGAUUACAACGGAACAAUUCGAAUUACAGUUACUGAUGCAAUUUCUAUCAAAACAAAACGAAGUCUAAUUCCGAUAAGAGUAACUUCAUUGCCGUCAACUCCUACGAAGAAUCGUCUUCCAUCCUCUACCAAUCAUAAAUUACAUAAAUCUGCUCCAAAUUUGAAUAGAAGUAAUUCUAAUUCAAAAAUACCUCUAAAGAAGAAUUCUACUGUUGCUGAUAAGUUCAAUUCAACAUCUGGAAAUAAAAACGGUAGACCAAGAAAUGAUGCUCGUGAACAUCUCGUUAAUGAAGUGGAUAACUAUAAUUCAGUUUCGUCUAAUAGAUCAAGAGAAGGUAUAAGUCCCAUUUCCCCUCAUAGAGAAAUUGAAGUCUUCCAUAACUUAACAAGAAGUCCCGAAAGACUCAGAAAACCCACUAUUCAAGCUCUAAACAUUCAUCCUGUAAUCAAAAUGGAAACUGAUGACUCCCCCAAUGAGAAUGCUUGCGAUAAUUCAUCCGUAUUGUCUGAAUCUCAUGAAAUAGCUCGGAAUACAAAAAUUAUGGAAUCAAAAAAUACUCUAGAUGACGAACUAGUAUUCAAGACUGAAAGUUACAAUAAAGCAAACAACAGCUUUCAAGUUUGUCCUGAAACAUUUAAGUCAACAUUGCCAACUACACCAUCAAUUGUAAAAACUGGAGAGUCUGAAAAUGACAUGAUUUCAAAUAUUCCGCUGAAAUUUUCCAAAGAUAAUUAUAAAAUUUCUUCUGGUUUUCAUAACAGGAGAUGUGAUGAGAACGAAUCUUCGAACAAUGUUGUCCCCCUUCAGCAAAGUGAUGCAAAGGAAUGCGCAAUGAGUGCAGAAAUAUCAGAAAAUGUGUUUGUAUAUGACAGCUUCCAAGUGUUUCCAUACAUAAAUAGGGCAGAGGACAGGUCACGUCUCAGGUCGCCUACCAGAAUUGAGCUUCCGUUGAUCAAGAAUUCAGAAAUGAGAAAGGAGUGGAUAAUAACUUCAAUA